GCCGUUAUCAGCCAGCAGCGUGUCCUCGCGCGUCCAUCCUCCUCUCAGGAUCCCUCCUUCCGCACUCUCACAUCCCUAAUACUCCGGGCCCGAUUGGCUCCCCGCUAGCGACCAACUCUCAGACGCUGCGUCCGCUCGCCUCGGUCUAUGAAUCCUUGGAGACAUUGAAGUAGUCCAGAGCAACCACGGCUCGCCCUUGCAGGCAACUCAGCUAUGAGCUCUCACAAUGGAGAAAGCGAGCCCCUCCUAGGAGGCAGCUCAGCCGGUCAAGCCAAUGCCAACCUUUCUGUCUUCCGCGACUUCGCCCAUUUGGAAGAUACUAGGUCAUUGGAUGAGCAGACUCUGGCGGAAGAUGUCGCACCUCAAAACGAUGACGGGUCAUUGAAACGACACCUCGGACUGACCAGUACGGUCUUCCUCAUUUUCAACCGCAUCAUUGGCACAAGCAUCUUCGCGACCCCAAGUGUCAUCCUUCGUGCCUCCGGGAGUGUCGGUCUUUCCUUCGUCAUGUGGCUGUUGGGAACGAUGAUUGCUGCCUGCGGUACAGCUGUAUAUAUCGAGCUCGGGACGGCUUUGCCGAAGAAUGGCGGCGAGAAGAAUUAUCUGGAAUAUAUAUACCAGCGGCCAAGGUUCUUGAUGGCAUGCGGAUACGCCGCGUAUGCCCUGCUCAUCGGUUGGUCCGCAGCCAACGUCAGCGUGUUCGGAGAAUACGUCCUGCAUGCCGUCAACCCCACCCAAACGCCGCCUCCAAUCGCAACACGACUCGCCGGUGUCUCCUGCGUCACCUUCGCCCUGGUCAUACACGGCACACGCCCCGCAUGGGGAAUCCGCCUCCAGAACACGCUGGGAGUAUUGAAGCUCAUGGCGCUUUGUGCCAUUGCCUUGAGCGGGCUGGCCGCACUCGCCAGGAUGCCUGGGUUCAAGCUCGAAGAACCCCCGCAGAACUUCGAGUGGUCGAAGAUGUGGGAGGGUAGUGGGACGGGCGGUGUAAGUGCCUUCGUAACUGGGCUCUUCACCGUUGUCUGGGCCUUCGUCGGGUACUCCAACGCCAACUACGCCCUCUCUGAGGUGCGCGAUCCCGUGCGGACGAUCAAGCUCGCGGCGCCCUCGCAGAUGAGAUUCUGGCAGCGGGCGGAUCGUGGCUGCGCUAUUCUUUGGCAAGCUCUGGGCAUCGGCGCAGAGCGGGUCGUAGCUGGCAUAGUGGCAAUGUCGACGUUUGCGAAUAUAAUGACUGUGCUCUACACCCAAGGCCGAGGGUAUCAUCCCUUCUCCGGCUUCUUCGCGAGCAACAAGCCCUUCGGCGCGCCCUUCGCAGGGCUCGCCGAGCAAUGGUUCGUGACGUCCCUGCUCGUGCUCACCGUCCCGCCCGGGGACGCCUACCUCUUCAUGAUCAACAUGAUCACCUACCCGAUCUCGCUGAUCAACAUGCUCGUCUCGCUCGGCCUGCUCUACCUGCACACGCCGCUCCGGCGGCGGCUCAGCCCGGGCCUGCACGCGCUCUGGGCGCCGCCCUUCCGCGCGUGGACGCCCGUCGUCGCCGUCUUCUUCCUCUCGAACGUCUUCCUCGUCCUCGCGCCGCUCGUCCCGCCCCCGCCCGGCUUCAAGGUGUACGAGAACCUGCCGUACUGGCUCCAUGUGCUGGCGGCGGCGUCGAUCUCGCUGGUGGGCGUAGCGUACUGGUAUGUGAACUGGCAGUGGUUGCCACGCCGGGGAGGCUACAAACUCGUGCGGGAGUGGGUGAGGGAGGACGGUGUUACGCGGAGCGUCAUACACAAAGUCAAGCUAUAGAAUUCACGGGGCAGCCGCUAGCGGGUUGGCGCAAUCCGCAUUGUUUCAUUGUAUCUUGCAGGGUCAUGUAUGGGGCUCGUAAAAGUGUAGAUGUACACCUACGUAGGAUCACGGCAUCGCAGUUCGUCGUACACACUUCACCGACUAAGGUGACACCACGAACUUGCGCAUCUCGAUGCAUGAACUACGACAACGCACCGUCCGACGAUGAAUUCCAAAUGACGUAUGUACAAAAUACAACUGGCGAAACUACCGGUGACGAGGACAACGACGACGACGACGACGACGACG